UCGACACAGAAAAGAUUCAGCGCGAAACCGGCCCGACGUUCAUCAAAGAAACUCGUCUUAAAAAUAACCACACAACUCAUCUGGAAAGCUUCAAUAAUAGGUCAGUGAAAUGUUUUGUAACCACUUCUACUUCUUAGCUUAAUUCUUCAAGUAAGCGUAGCAAUUUCUUUCUCUUACAUCCCCCGCUAGCUAAGGUUCGCCGGCCGGCAUUGAUAUCGGAGGGAGACAGACACAUGCGAAAAUAGUUGAAGCCGUUUUAAGCUUUCUUUCAGUUCACGAAUCACUAAGAAAAUGCAGUUGUUCCUUCGUGCAAUUCAUCGGUAAGGUAUCAGAGAUUUUAAAAAUUUUUCUCGGAUAACGAGUAACGUAAGAAUAAAGCUUAUCGAACAAUGGUUUCCAAAUAAACAAACCUGCUUUCUUGUGAUAAAAGUCCUGAAUUUUUCAACCAAAUGCAGAAUUUUACCUGGCAAUAAAGCUGUCAGAUUACUGAGUGAUUUCGGAACGAAAUAUCGUCGAGCAUUUGGAAAAGAGACUGUUUACAACUAAGUCGACCGUUCUUCGAUAAGCCGGCUCGCUCUUUCAGCGACGUUACUACCCAAAUUUGACGAGAAAAUGAAAUCUUUUAAGUCUACAAAUAACUUGCUUCAUUGGGGAAUCGACUGCUUUGGUGUAGGACCCACCAAGAACGCUAAAACAGGAGUGAAAGGCCUGAAAAUUGCACUAAUUCACCCGCGAUUCAAUCAUUCAAGUUCGCUGGUUGGCGACGCAAAGCAAGAGAAGGUGGUUUGGGAUUGAUCAUUGUUUAUGUACUUUUUAUCACGUGACAAUCCGUGACGCGCGGUCGUAUGAUUAUGACAUUACAAAGGUCAAUCGAUCAAUCCGAGGAGACCAAGCGUUUUUGAAAAUUACGGCUUUUCAUGUCCAAAAGCUGUUCAAAAUCAAGAUAGCAAAAGAGGAGAUAAAAAAUCCUUUUCAUGCAGUCUAAAUUAAGACGCACAACAUUAUGCUGAGUGUUAAAAAAUUGGAAGAUACUGCGCAAUGCAAAUGAUCGAUUGAUUACAAAGGUUUUUUAAAAUGUGCAUUGAAAAGGAACGAAAAUGCAGAGGGUGCUCAGAGGCUGCUCGAGGGAAGCCCCUCUGGAUUUUUGUACCUUUUCAACGCACAUUUUAAAAAAACUUUGCAAAAAUUAUUAUGUUGAGUGUGUUUAUUUACACAGCAUGUAAAAGUUGUAAAGGGUGGAUAGGGACAGCAGGGAAAACAAACUAACUGGUUUCCCGAGGGACUUUCACUUCUGCAGGGACAAAGAAUAAAGAGCGAAUCAAAACAAUGUAAUUUUAAGAUCACAAAUUUUUAAAUUAAAAUUUUCAAAAAAAGCCGAAUGAAAACUGAUCUACAGAACAAUCCUUUGGGCCAGGACCUGCUUGGGCUGAAUUCUGGAUUCCAAAGCCCAGGAUUUCAUAUUCCACAAGCAAAAAUUUUCCGGAUUUCAGAUUCCGGAUUUUUACAUUGAGCAAGCGAGAUGAUAGCCCGUGUACAGCUGCCCCCUCCCCUCAUAAAAGAAACGGAGAUUUUCUGAGGGAAGGGGGGUGGCUGUACGCAGGCUAGGGAGAUGUUAGCAGGAAAAAUUCCCGGGCUUCCCGCCACACUCCACUAUAUCUGAAUGCGUGGAACGAGCAACUGCGCGCAAGCUUCUUAUGUUUGACAGAAUAAAUAAAUAUAAUGGUAAUUGAACUGAGUGGAGUGCAAUUUGGUAUGAAAUCGGAUGCGCGUGAUUUGAAAACCAGUUUGAUUUGAAGUCACAAGUAUGAUUUCAGACAAAAAUUUUACGACACGAAGUUCAGAAUUCAGAAUUCAGUCAGCACCAAUAUUUUAUCGAUCAAGUAGCCGGUUUGUUGAAAAGCGAAAACAAAAGGGCUUUUACUUCUCAUUUUCCAUUCGAAACAGAAAUGAUGCGACAUAAAGCAAGAACGGUGCGAUUUAAAACAGAAAUGAUGCGAUUUUGAACCUGAAUGACGCGAUUUAGAACAGAUGUGAUUUAGAGCAAAAAAUAGCGUGCUUCGUGAAUAAAUCACACUACUGAUUGCCAAUCAGAUUGCAGGCAUCACCAGUGAUUUCAAAAUGUAUAUGAUAAAAAGAUUUUUUUUCUCUUCACUUCACAGAGCAUCAUGAUGAAUCCAUUACCAGUCCCCUUUGCUAGAAGAGCUCUCAAGCGCGUAGAUGGGUCUGGACCUGGUGAACACGAGUUUACAGUAGUGACGUAUAACAUUCUUGCGGACCACUGGCUGCAGAGGAAAGUGAAAGAAGGCACAGCCUACAAUUACUGUCCUAACGAAUACAAGAUUAGCAAGCAGUGCAUGAAUGCUCCUCGUCAUACGCUUUUCAUGGAAGAGGUAGGCAAAAUUUAUCUGUAGACUUCGAUGUGGUUAAUUGCCCGGAUGCGAGAUAUGUCCAGAAUUUUCGCCAUUUUCGCAAAAAUCGCAAAUCUCCAAGAGGCCACUUUUGGCGUCCAAUUUAAAUCGCCAGUUUUCUCCAUUUCCGCCAUUGCAUGCAUUUUUGCGCAUAAAUGCCGGAUGGGUGGACUCCCAAAGGAAAGAGAGGCCGAUAAAUGUCAUAAAUUGUUAGCUAAAUAGGUUGUUCGUUUGUUGAUGAAACUGUUACAUACUGUAGUCCUUCCAUAUCUGUUUCGUAUCAUUCAAGCAUCCAUUGAGCGCUAACAAGGCCAAAAGCAGGAAUGCAUCGUACAAUGUACCAACCUCGUUCCCAGGGUCCUCUCCUACUUGCUCCGGGGACGGGCAGAUAAGGACCCUGGGAACGUGAUUCAAGGUGCCAAAUUGGGUGGUUUGGUAUGAAAUGACUGUGCUGACUAACUAAUAGCCCACAUUCUCCCCUAGAGUUUAAUGAGAGCUUUGAAUGUAGGCACAAAACGUAGAUUAAUACUCAGUGGAGUGUGGGAUCUCUUUUUUGUUGAGAUUCAUAAUAACGUGUAUCAGGGAUAAACUCUGUGAUAAUUGCAAGGCUGGCACUACCGGAAUCAGGCCUGAUAAGACUAGUUUACUAGUCGAAAUUUUUGGCCUCAUGAAAAGUGGCCUUUUAUCUUAGUUCACGCUUUACAAUUAAAAACAGUUUAUUUCAAAAGGUUUUAUAUAUCAUCUGUUCGCAGCGAUCAACUGAUCGCUAUAAGUAAAGCCAUGGGUUCGCACACGCCGUGGCAUCCUGCUAAACCUGGUUUAUUCUUUAGUUGCGGUGGCUUAACGGCGACAUCAUCUGCCUUCAAGAAGUUGACACACCCUACUUUGAGAGGAUCCUGGCAGAUGAAAUGUCCCGGAUGGGAUACCAGGGGAUGUUUGCGCCAAAGUGCAAGCCGGGUCAGCCCGAAGGUUUGGCCAUGUUUUACAAGCGGGACAAGUUCGUGCUGGAAGAAACAAAAACCGUGCAUCUAAACGAGCAGGUCCCGCCCUCACUUAAGCAAAGCGAUGCCGAAAUAGGGCUUCUUGCAGCCUUGAAGCACACAAUAAGCGAUAAUCUGCUAGUGAUUGGUGAGAAUACUUAUAGCUGGGUUGCACUGCGUUUCAUUACGUUUACGCUAGAGAACUGGAAUGCUUCCCCGAAUACGAGUUUGCGGUUCGCUUUUGUAAAACUCUUCGAAAUAACCGAAUGAAAAUGACAGGAAAACAUUUAAAAACAUCUGAAAGUUUACUAUUUAAGACCGGUAAAACCGUGGUCUCAGUUUGACUUCGUUUUAGUAACCGGCUGAUGACCUGGAGUGUCCGCCUCUUCUGUGCUUUCAGUGUAGUCGUUGCAUGACAUUCCUAGCGUAAACGUACUCAUGACAUAAAGGUCUGGAGCCUUAUCUGUGUGUACAUGCCUCUUGUUUCAAAACACCGCUGACAAUUGUUUCCAUUGGCAUGUAAAGGGCUCGGUAAGUGUCCGGUGAUCGACCAAAGGCUUAAAGUUUUCUCAGCGCGCAAAUGGGGUUAUCCUUGCCUCGUUUUUCAACACGGAAUAUUAAACAUCAUUGUAUUUAAGUCUGGAAGUACUAGAAUUGUCCGUAAAAUUCGACUCGGGUUUCCAUGGUAAAUCUUAUCACGCUAUGUUUUCACUUAAAGAUUUUAGACUGCGAUGAGUCUUUUUCUUCAGAUUUAAUGAGGGAAGUGCACGCGUGAGCGAGGGUGACAGUCACGCGCGUAGUCAUUUGCGUGUCUCGCGCGUUUUGCUCUAGACGGACCAAGAAAAAGAGACUGCUCGUAGUCUAUAAAUAUUUAGGUAUACGAUUUCUUUUUUCCCGGUAGGAACGACUCACAUAAUCUGGGGAGAUUUGCAACAAACCGUCACUCAAGCUUGUCAAAUAACAUUCGUUACCAAUGCCCUGGCGGAGAUGGUUACGUCAUACGAGUCACGUGGUGAACGCGUGUCUCACAUUCUGUGUGGAGACUUCAAUAUUGAGCCUCAGUUCCCGGCGUAUCAGCUUGUCAAAGAGGGUGGACUCAGUGAAAAGGAAAUGCGUGCACUGAAAGGUGUGGACUACAUCAGAUGGGCUCCUAGCCCUACACCGCCAACACAGGUAUUGUAUUUAGUAUUUGUUUCUUGUUUAGCGUACCAGAGCCGGAAAAGGGUACAUUAAAAACCAUAGGAUGUUUUAUUAGUCAUGGCGUUCCUCGCUCUGCACUUUUUCGAGUGUCCUGUAGAGAGAAGUCUUCCGCACAGCCUGACGAGAUACAGUGACGAAACACAAUCUCGUCACGCAACGUCCAUAGAGGAAUGGCCCUUUUGGUAAGGAACGUUGCAUGAUAAAAGACUGCUGUGUGAGAGAAGACUAUGCGCAGAGCUACAUAGCAGCUCUUGUAAGAUCUGGGUGAAGUGGUUAGCUCCAUUCUCUUGAAAAGAACAGACAACAGAGACAGAAGCAUAUACCGGUGAUAAUAUUGAUUGGCAGUCAUCUCUCUCUUUACAAGGGGCUCUUUUGGGGCCAGCAAUAUAUGUCCGUCUUUGAGAAACGUCUGUCUUCUGGAGACUCAAAAAGGGCCUCGCCAGAUCAGUCUAGCCGUAUAGGACAAUUUUACUGUUAAUCAGGACCAUUCACCAAGAUAAACAACAACAACAACAACAAAAAUGCGCUGGUUAUGCAUGUUUGUAUGUUUGCGUAAAGCUUGUUUUAAGUGCUAGUCCCAAGGUAGUUGACUGUACUAACUUUUCCACUCUUAAAAGUUGAAUCGCACUGUGUGAACAGGAAUUGUAAACUCAUUUACAAACUCGAAUGGAAUCAUGUGGGAAUAGUCUUAUUGCUCAACCCUUUCUAUAACGGUCAAUAAAAGCUCAUAAUUCGUUUGCAUUAAUUCUGAGCGCCAGGGAAUUUUUUGCUAUUAUCAAUUUUUUACUGAUAUGUCUCUCUCUUUUCUCGCAGCUGCUCCCCGAUCAAAUGUCACUUUUAAACAAAACUAAGCCGCAUCUUCAUCAUACUCUCAAGAACGUGCAAAGUACCUACAAGACAGUUCUGGUAAGGAUACUACAGCUUACUUACAGUCGCAUUAGUGUUGCUUUCAUGCGGUGCUUCUGUUUCGGCGACUGUUGUCAAAGAGGGUUUGGCUCUCAGAUAAAAAUUACGAGGAUCCUCAUAGGAAAAUUAGGAAUAAGCUCCUAAAAGAGACGCAUCUUAGCCUGGUGGUCUGCAAGCAAUCUCUAUAUUUCGAGCGUAGAUAGCCUGUUCCAGGCCUUCAGAAUGUUGGGACGGCGUAAACAGAUCUGAGCAGAAAAAACAGCGAGGGGCUGAGGUAGGGGUGAGAGCUCUCCCUUUCCCUUUCUUCCUCAUCUUUUUUCCGCUCUAUGAUUUGGCGCUGCAGUCCGCUGCAUGACCGCCUGGAACAUGCCAGAGCUCUAAGCAAAACCAGCCGUGCGCGAAUUUACGCACGAGUUUGCGCGAGCAAGGGGGGUCCUAAACUCUUACGUCUCCACUCGCGUGACGUCUCGCGAUAUUCCCUUAGUAGAGGACUCGCUCGCGAGUUACCACUUAUGGGCAAUCCGAACGAACGAGUUAUUCAUUGAUUUCUUUGGAUGGUCAAUCCGCGGAAACAGAAAAAUAAACGAAUUCAAAAAUUCACUCGCGUGUGGCCUUGAAUAAGUAACCUCAAUCAGCUCCAUUCCUGAAGGAACCAAGUAAAAUGGGCAGGAUCAGUAACAGUUUUUCCUUAGCUUAGAGGUCGGACAGCCCAACUGGUAUUCUGGGAGUCAUUGGUUCGUGUAUGUGUUUGAAGCGCGCAAGGCACCUUAAUUGGUUCACCCUUUCCAUGACCAUUCGCAUUAGCCUGUAACCUUCCCAUUUUCCCUUGCGCCGUUUGGCGCCAGGUUAAAUUUCUUCGAGGAGUGAGUUGAUUUUCUUUGCCCUACGUCACGUGGCGUUACCUCUAACAUUUAUUUCUUACUAAUUUGUUCCUGUUUAUCAGGGUGCCGAGCCACCGCUGACAAAUCAUGAAGGACCAGGCUGCGUUUGGACUUUGGACUAUAUCUGGUUUGAUUCCGCCAAUCUUAAAGCCACAGCUGCCCUAGAGACGGUACCCAGGGAAGCUAUAGAGCCAUACGAGGGCUUGCCAAACCAGUUCUUUCCGUCCGAUCACCUGUCACUUAAAGGACAUUUUAAAUUUGCCGUGCCGGUGAAGACGCAUGUACAAAGCUGAUUUCAUGACUGUUCGUACGAUUUGACAUAUAAUGACCAGGAAAAUACUAAUUAUGACAACACUUUUAUGAAGUAAAAGGAAAAAAAUUUCCUUCGAACCACGGUGAUCCGGUCAAGUUAUCGACAGCUUGAUUUUCGGGUUUUCAACCGUCACUCAAGCUUGUCAAAUAACAUUCGUUACCAAUGCCCUGGCGGAGAUGGUUACGUCAUACGAGUCACGUGGUGAACGCGUGUCUCACAUUCUGUGUGGAGACUUCAAUAUUGAGCCUCAGUUCCCAGCGUAUCAGCUUGUCAAAGAGGGUGGACUCAGUGAAAAGGAAAUGCGUGCACUGAAAGGUGUGGACUACAUCAGAUGGGCUCCUAGCCCUACACCGCCUUCACAGGUAUUGUAUUUAGUAUUUGUUUCUUGUUUAGUGUACCAGAGCCCGAAAAGGGGACAUUAAAAACCAUAGGAUGUUUUAUUAGUCAUGGCGUUCCUCGCUCUGCACUUUUUCGAGUGUCCUGCAGAGAGAAGUCUUCCGCACAGCCUGACGAGAUACAGUGACGAAACACAGUCUCGUCACGCAACGGUCUCGUCACGCAACGUCCAUAGAGGAAUGGCCCUUUUGGUAAGGAACGUUGCAUGAUAAAAGACGGCUGUGUGAGAGAAGACUAUGCGCAGAGCUACAUAGCAGCUCUUGUAAGAUCUCGGUGAAGUGGUUAGCUCCAUUCUCUUGAAAAGAACAGACAACAGAGACAGAAGCAUAUACCGGUGAUAACAUUGAUUGGCAGUCAUCUCUCUCUUUACAAGGGGCUCUUUUGGGGCCAGCAAUAUAUGUCCAUCUUUGAGAAACGUCUGUCUUCUGGAGACUCAAAAAGGGCCUCGCCAGAUCAGUCUAGCCGUAUAGGACAAUUUUACUGUUAAUCAGGACCAUUCACCAAGAUAAACAACAACAACAACAACAAAAAUGCGCUGGUUAUGCGUGUAUGUAUGUUCGCGUAACGCUUUUUUAAGCACUAGUCCCAAGGUAGUUGACUGUACUGACUUUUCCACUCUUAAAAGUUGAAUUGCACUGUGUGAACAGGAAUUGUAAACUCAUUUACAAACUCAAAUGGACUCGUGUGGGAAUAGUGUUUUUUUAGUCUUAUUGCUCAACCCUUUCUAUAACGGUCAAUAAAAGCUCAUAAUUCGUUUGCAUUAAUUCUGAGCGCCAGGGAAUUUUUUGCUAUUAUAAAUUUUUUACUGAUUUCUCUCUCUCUUUUCUCGCAGCUGCUCCCCGAUCAAAUGUCACUUUUAAACAAAACUAAGCCGCAUCUUCAUCAUUCUCUCAAGAACGUGCAAAGUACCUACAAGACAGUUCUGGUAAGGAUACUAUAGCUUACUUACAGUCGCAUUAGUGUUGCUUUCAUGCGGUGCCUCUGUUUCGGCGACUGUUGUCAAAGAGGGUUUGGCUCUCAUAUAAAAAUUACGAGGAUCCUCAUAGGAAAAUUAGGAAUAAGCUCCUAAAAGAGACGCAUCUCAGCCUGGUGGUCUGCAAGCAAUCUCUAUAUUUCGAGCGUAGAUAGCCUGUUCCAGGCCUUCAGAAUGCUGGGACGGCGCAAACAGAUGUGAGCAGAAAAAACAGCGAGGGGCUGAGGUAGGGGUGAGAGCUCUCCCUUUCCCUUUCUUCCUCAUCUUUUUUCCGCUCUAUGAUUUGGCGCUGCAGUCCGCUGCAUGACCGCCUGGAACAUGCCAGAGCUCUAAGCAAAACCAGCCGUGCGCGAAUUUACGCACGAGUUUGCGCGAGCAAGGGGGGUCCUAAACUCUUACGUCUCCACUCGCGUGACGUCUCGCGAUAUUCCCUUAGUAGAGGACUCGCUCGCGAGUUACCACUUAUGGGCAAUCCGAACGAACGAGUUAUUCAUUGAUUUCUUUGGAUGGUCAAUCCGCGGAAACAGAAAAAUAAACGAAUUCAAAAAUUCACUCGCGUGUGGCCUUGAAUAAGUAACCUCAAUCAGCUCCAUUCCUGAAGGAACCAAGUAAAAUGGGCAGGAUCAGUAACAGUUUUUCCUUAGCUUAGAGGUCGGACAGCCCAACUGGUAUUCUGGGAGUCAUUGGUUCGUGUAUGUGUUUGAAGCGCGCAAGGCACCUUAAUUGGUUCACCCUUUCCAUGACCAUUCGCAUUAGCCUGUAACCUUCCCAUUUUCCCUUGCGCCGUUUGGCGCCAGGUUAAAUUUCUUCGAGGAGUGAGUUGAUUUUCUUUGCCCUACGUCACGUGGCGUUACCUCUAACAUUUAUUUCUUACUAAUUUGUUCCUGUUUAUCAGGGUGCCGAGCCACCGCUGACAAAUCAUGAAGGACCAGGCUGCGUUUGGACUUUGGACUAUAUCUGGUUUGAUUCCGCCAAUCUUAAAGCCACAGCUGCCCUAGAGACGGUACCCAGGGAAGCUAUAGAGCCAUACGAGGGCUUGCCAAACCAGUUCUUUCCGUCCGAUCACCUGUCACUUAAAGGACAUUUUAAAUUUGCCGUGCCGGUGAAGACGCAUGUACAAAGCUGAUUUCAUGACUGUUCGUACGAUUUGACAUAUAAUGACCAGGAAAAUACUAAUUAUGACAACACUUUUAUGAAGUAAAAGGAAAAAAAUUUCCUUCGAACCACGGUGAUCCGGUCAAGUUAUCGACAGCUUGAUUUUCGGGUUUUCACCAUAUAUUGUCGUCUUAUGAAACAAUGAUGAAACAAAUAAUGUUUUUAUUUAAACAGGGAAGGUUGUAAAAAUGUUCGCACCUAGAGUUCUCUUGUUCAGAC